UUGCUGAUUUUUGGUGAUAAACCCACGUUCUUCCUAGACGUUUCGGCUUCCUUUUGUUUCUCCCUCUUCCUAAACCUUCGACAUCCCUCCUGUUUCCCAACGGCGACCACCAUUGAAACCACCUCGGCAAAGCAGGAAAACCAUGAGCGACCGUCGUCCCAGGAAGACCUCUUCCUCCGGCGAGCCUCUCGAGUUCUUCAAAGUUUAUCUUCCCUCCUUCAGUUCUCACCAACUGCUUAUACCGCUGGAUUUCGUGAAGCAUUUUAAGGGAGUUGUGCCAAAAGAUGCAGUUCUCAAGGAUACUACAGGGAGAUCAUGGCCAAUUAGGAUAGCAGAAGUUGGAAAUAAAUUGUUCAUGAAGAGCGGUUGGCGGGACUUCGUGAUAGAUCAUUCUCUAGAUUUUGCUGAUCUACUCAUUUUCAGAUACAAUACGGACUCGGUGUUCCUCGUCAAAGUAUUUGGUAAGAAUGGGUGCAGGAAAGAACUGACUUCCAGAAUCAAUAGACCAGUCGCUGUUAUGAAGAAUGAAGAGCUGGCAGACGAAGUAAAUGAGACAGAACAGAACCAGAGGAGGCCCGUUCGGGCUUGUAAGCGGAAGUUCUCGGAAUUGAAUAUCAGGAGAAUGGAAAAUCAUGUUUCGCAAAGAGAUUCCCAAUUCAAAACGAAACCAGAGUUUGUUGGGGAAACUGUUCGCAAGUGCUCCUCGGAGACAUAUGCCAUGCCGAAGAAUCCGCACUUUGUAUCAUCCAUCUCGAAAUAUCGCAUGAGAACGAUGUAUAUCCCUACUCCAUUCCUAAAGACAAAUCGAAUAAAGCUAAAUCCCGAUGAGGAGAUGAUUGUGCGGGAUCAAAAUGGGAGGACGUGGCCCACGCAGAUUAAAGAAACGAAAGAUGGACGGUUCUUUCUGUCCUCAGGGUGGAUUGAGUUUAGGAAGAAGAAUUUGAGAUUAGGCAAUCAAUGCGUGUUCGAGUUUGUCCUUGGAGAGGGAAACACAUGCAGUGAAACAAUAGCAAGAGUUCUUCCGCGGGGCCUCAAAAUAGAAAAGAAUCACUUCGUCGUGAAGGCUUGAUGUGCGUGUAGUGGAAUCGACAUCCUAAAAAGGAUGGGGUCUCGGAUGUUCUGGUAGUUAGAGAAUAAUUUGUUUGGGCAGUUUUCGUCUUCCUCAAAUCUUGGUACAUGAGUUUUAACAAAUGUACAUGAAUUUCUACUGUGUACUUUUAUGACAAUAGCACGUUCUCUUU